CUUUUUUUUUUUUAAACUUCCCUCUCUUGCUUUUUGCCUAAUUCCCCUUCACUAUUCCCUCCCUCCUCCCCCUCUGUGCUCAGAAGGGCCGGACCACUGACACUCUCCUCAGUGUGAAUCUGUCAGGGAAGGAGUGUGUACGUCUUCAUUUGGAAAACUUUUUUUUUUUUUAAACUUAGAGCACUAACUGGGAGCGGUGGGCAGGCUUUUUCAGAGUGUGAGAGUGGAGAGAGAGGAGACCCCCGCGGUGCUGUGUUUGACUAAACAAACAGCCGGGCUCAGAGUGGUACCUCCUCCAGCAGACUGCUGGGACAGCGGAGAUUAACCUCAGACUCUGAACAUCUGAGGGAUCUAUACAUCUGAAGCAGCAGCCCCUGUAGAGACAAGCAGCUGGAAAUCUCUCCUCUGAUUUCAUAAGGAGGAGACCGACUGCUGGCUGGCAGCGUCCUCGGACACGGAGGGAAGAUUUGUCUAUGCAUCUAGGAUCAAUCUGAAGAACAGAGUGUUUGAAGACAUCAAACAUGAGGAGGGUGACGGCGUCCACGCUCCAUCCGAUGGUCACAGUUACAGCUCUCCUGUGUCUCUGCACUGAGUUGUUUUGCCUGGAGAUCACACCUGAUGACAAAGUGCUCAUCCUGGCCGAGGGCUCUUCUCUCACCAUUACGUGCACCGGCCUUAGAGAGACAACCUGGGAGUUUAAGAGGGAUGAUGUGCCGUAUUUCCAAGUGGAACAAUUUCCAAAUGGUGGUCAAAGCUACCAAAUUGCGCAAAGCGGCACCACAUCCAGCGUUUUGACCUUGUUGAACGUGAGCUGGAAGCACACAGGGGUGUAUCAGUGCACUGAUCGACACACUGGAGAAACUAAGGAGCUGGUUGUGUUUGUCCCAGACCCUGAUGUGUGGUUCAUAGAGAGCUCCCAUGGCAUGGUAACUAAGACCAGUGAGGAAAGCACCAUCCCCUGUGUGGUCACAAACCCAAACAUCAAUGUCACCUUGUAUGAGAAGGACACUGACAUGCCCAUCAGGGGACAUUAUGUUCCCAGUGAGGGGUACAAGGCACCGCUGGAGGACAGGACCUACAUGUGUCGUGGAGAGCUGAAUGGGGAGGUGAAAGAGUCUCAGGCGUUCUACGUCUUCAGCAUUAUUGUCCCCGAGGCCAUCGACGCCUACGUCAAUGCAUCAAAGACCGUCCUGAAACAAGGCGAACCGCUGACAGUAAACUGCACGGUGCACGGAGUGGAGCUAGUGUUUUUUUCCUGGGAUAUCCCCAACAGAGAGGAUGUUAAGGUUGAGCCGCUGACAUACGUCCUGUCCGCCAUGAGCAUGCGCUCCUGCCUGAUCUUCCCUCGUGCCACGGUGGCCCACAGCGGAAACUACGUCUGCCACGUCCAUGAGGGUGUCCAAGACCAGACUGCCUCUGCCAGCGUCAACAUCACUGUGCUUGAGCGAGGCUUCGUGGACGUGAAGCCUGCUCAGCAACAAAACAUUUCAGCCAAGUUGCAAGAGAAUGUGGAGCUGAGAGUUGAGAUUGAAGCCUACCCUCCCCCUCAAGUCCAAUGGAGCAAAGACAGCACCACCAUCAAGGAAGACAAAACCAUCACAUCCAGACAAGAGAAUGAGAUCAGGUAUGUCACUAUUCUCACCUUAGUGAGGGUGAGGACAGAGCAGAAGGGCCGCUACACCGUCCUUGUCACCAACGGAGAUGAUACAAAGGAAGUGUUCUUUGAUGUGGAGGUCCAAGUUCCCUCUCAGAUUAAAGUACUGACUGACCACCACCUCCCUGGGAAGAAACACUUGGUGACCUGCGUGGCUGAGGGGGUCCCAACCCCGACCAUACAGUGGUACAGCUGUGACAGCAUGCUCAAGUGCAGCAACCAGACAGCGGUGUGGCAGCCGCUGAUACCAGAGGCAGAGGAGCUGAGCAUCCAGAACAAUGUGAGCUACAGUGAAACUCGCAAAACCAGUCAGGUCCGGAGCCAGGUGACCUUCCACAAGCCCCAGCAGGUCACAGUUCGCUGUGAAACCGGCAACCAAGCAGGGCUCGUGGACAGAAGAGACAUCAAACUGGUGUCCAGCACGCGGUUCUCCCAGGUGGCAGUGUUGGCUGCUGUUCUCGCCUUAGUGGUAAUCGUUAUCAUGUCUUUUAUCAUCCUCAUCGCUGUGUGGAGGAAGAAACCUCGCUAUGAGAUCAGAUGGAAGGUGAUAGAGUCUGUGAGCCAGGAUGGUCAUGAGUACAUCUAUGUGGACCCCAUCCACCUGCCCUAUGACUUGGCUUGGGAAAUGCCGCGAGACAACCUGUUGCUGGGUCGCACUCUUGGAUCAGGAGCCUUUGGCAGGGUGGUCGAGGCAACUGCAUAUGGUCUCACUCAUUCCCAGUCCAGCACAAAAGUGGCAGUGAAAAUGCUGAAGUCCACAGCCAGGAGGAGUGAGACCCAGGCCCUGAUGUCAGAGCUUAAGAUCAUGAGUCACCUGGGUCCUCACCUCAACAUUGUAAACUUGCUAGGAGCUUGCACCAAACAUGGCCCUCUGUACCUGGUGACUGAGUACUGUCGCUAUGGCGACCUGGUGGACUACCUGCACAGGAACAAGCACACCUUCCUGCAGUACUACGCUGAAAAGAACCAAGACGACGGCUGCCUCAUCUCAGGAGGAAGCACUCCACUCAGCCAGAGGAAAGGCUAUGUGUCUUUUGGAAGUGAGAGUGAUGGAGGAUACAUGGACAUGAGUAAAGAUGAGCCCUCAGUCUACGUGCCCAUGCAGGAGCAAAAAGACACCAUCAAGUAUGCUGACAUCCAACCUUCUCCAUACGAGUCUCCCUACCAGCAAGACAUCUAUCAGGAACAAGGUGGUGGCAGAUUAGACCUGGUCAUCAGUGACUCUUCCAUUCUCACCUACGAUGAUCUUUUGGGCUUCAGCUACCAAGUGGCAAAGGGGAUGGAGUUCCUCGCCUCCAAGAAUUGUGUCCAUCGUGACCUCGCUGCCAGGAAUGUCUUGAUCUGUGAGGGCAAACUGGUGAAGAUCUGUGACUUUGGCCUGGCCAGAGACAUCAUGCAUGACUCCAACUACAUCUCUAAAGGCAGCACCUUCCUGCCCCUGAAGUGGAUGGCACCAGAAAGUAUUUUCCAUAAUUUGUACACCACCCUCAGCGAUGUGUGGUCAUACGGCAUUCUUCUUUGGGAGAUUUUCACAUUGGGAGGAACCCCCUACCCUGAUUUGCCCAUGAAUGAGUUAUUCUACAAUGCUCUGAAGAGAGGCUACAGAAUGGCCAAACCCGCCCACGCCUCUGAUGAAGUUUAUGAUAUCAUGAGGAAGUGCUGGGAUGAGAAGUUUGAGAAGAGGCCUGAGUUCUCCUUUCUGGUGCACAGUGUGGGAAAUAUGCUGACAGACAGCUAUAAAAAGAGAUACAACCAAGUCAACGACAACUUCAUGAAGAGUGACCACCCAGCAGUUGCUCGCACCAAACCAAGACUCUCCUCACCCUUUCCGAUCGCCAACCCAUCAUUUGGCUCCCCCUCUCCCGUCACCCUCUCCUUUCCCCCGGACCCCUACAACCAGAGCCCGAGCCCUGGAAACUUCAGACAAGAGGCAGAUGGGCAGGAAGUUAUAACUUCAUACAACGAAUACAUCAUUCCCAUUCCAGACCCCAAGCCAGAGGAAGUUUUCACUGAUGUGCCUUCAGAAAGCCCUGCAAGCUCUCUGGCUCUGGAGGAGGAGACCGACUCCAUGUCUCAGGACACGGCUGAAACUCUUCCAGAGGAGGACAGGCUGGAGGAGACCAGUGAGAGAGAUGCUCUGCUGGGCUCCUCCGGGACCCCCGAGGUAGAAGACAGCUUCCUGUAGCAACAUGUAUAAAACCCUGAAAAAACAGAGCCCUUUUCGGGGGAUUUUUACAUUUUUAAAAUUGUUUUCUUUCUUUUAACAAGCCUGAAAAAGGGAAUGUGACUAAACUAGAAUGUAGCAAAAUGGAGACCGAGAAGGCAACCUUUGUAUUUCCACUAAGCACUCUAAAAGUUUUGCCCUUCUUUGAGUUUUUGUUUCACACUUAGUACCUCUGGGAACUACAAAAUGGUUACCAAUAAUGAGCAUGAUGUUAUCAAGCAGUCAUUCAUUGGAACCUUGCCACAAUAUAAAUACGGUACUCGCCUCACACUCCUAUAGAAUCAAUUUACAGUAGGUACAGAUGAGUUUACUCUAUUCUCUAUUUUAGCCAGAUACUUAUGAGGCCUUAUGAAAUGUGUCCUAUAUUAUUUAGACACAUUUAGCCAUCUGUCCCCUUUUUGGCUCUUAUUAUUAUAUGCCUCCCCCUUCCACAACCAGUGUAGAUUUUUGAAAAGCAGAUUAUUUUUUUGUUUUACCAGUUGUAAUAAUAGUAAUAAUAAAUGUACACACAUAAAAACAAAAUACUCCAGACAAGAACAGUUCCAAUAUUAAUGGAAAUCAUUAACAUUACUUUAGGUCCUCAGCCACCAUCAGACAUUGAAUGUGGGUAACUGAAUUAAACUGUACGUUGUAUUUUUUCCUUAGUACGGCCAACGGCUGCAUUCACUGUAGUAUAAUAUUUUUGUAAAAUGUUAUUCCCUCACCAUGAAUGCAGACAGAAUCUACAUGCACUGUUUUAUUAUGAAAUUUGCUUCUUUUUUUUUAAGUUUUACAUGCCAUAGAGUCAGCAUUUUCCAGUUCUCUCUCUUUUUUGGGAGGGGGGAGCUACAUGAGAUUUUCAGGAUUAUAUGAAAUGUACAUGUCAUUUGUGAAUUUUGAAUAAGGUCUUGAAUUUUGAUUAUUUGUUUUGUGUAGGCUUUACUCAUAGUUCUGUGCCAGAUUUGCACUUUACUUAGGAAAAUGUGGAUAUUCAUUGUAAAGAAAGGUAAAUUUACACUAUGUUAAAGAUAGAAAGAUACAACUUAGAAUCAGUAAGAACUUUGAUUUUUGACUUAAAUAUUUUUGACUUAAAUAUUUUUGACUUAAAUAUGUGGUUUCUGUGAUGACAGGUGACUCUCUCAAGUGAAAAUAACAAAUACAGCGAAUCACUGCCUUAAUACAAGAUGGCACACAUGAAUGCCUUUGCAUUGUCUGUCUGAGAGAUUUGUGUCCUGCAGCUAUUUUUGCUUCUGUACUCAAGGAACCUAGAUAACCCUAUGUGUACACAUAGAAAUUAUACUUUUAGUCCUCUGUUGCAUUGUUUAACAUUCACUUACACAAUGUCUACUUUCAUUACAUAAUCCACAAUUUAAAACAACACUCUAUUAUUUCCUUUAGAACUUGUUACACAGUUUAAAAUGCACAAAAUCACUGUAUCACAAGCUAUGGUACCAAAGCUCUUCUUAACGUUUACAAAUGUAUUUUUAUAUGUGUCAUUUUAUAUGUUGUAAAUGUGACAAUAAAUGUGUAUUAUCAUUGUAUAAUUGGAAGUGUGAAUCUUUUAUGAAUCAGUGGCUCUCAUCUGGCUUCCCUGCUCUGUCUACAGCAUUUCUUUCCCCCACUGUUUAAACUGUUCAAAAAU